UCACCUGUCUUUAGAUCUACUAAACAAAAUCCUUGACAGAAAAAAAUGGAAGAAACUAAAAGAAGAGUACUAGAUGAAGAAGCCAAAGCUUCUCUAGACAUAUGGAGGUAUGUCUUUGGGUUUGCAGAUAUCGCAGCUGCAAAGUGUGCCAUUGAUCUCAAAAUACCAGAAGCCAUUGAAAACCAUCCUUCUUCACAGCCGGUAACACUAGCUGAACUCUCCUCCGCCGUCUCCGCCUCUCCCUCACAUCUCCGCCGUAUAAUGAGGUUUCUUGUGCACCAAGGAAUAUUCAAAGAAAUCCCCACAAAAGAUGGUUUAGCCACAGGCUACGUUAAUACGCCACUCUCUCGCCGUAUGAUGAUCACAAAACGUGAUGGCAAAUCGCUGGCUCCUUUUGUUCUCUUCGAAACAACUCCCGAGAUGCUCGCUCCAUGGUUGAGACUUAGCUCAGUCGUUUCUUCGCCGGUCAACGGUUCAGCUCCACCACCGUUUGAUGCAGUGCACGGUAAGGACGUGUGGUCGUUCGCGCAGGAUAAUCCGUUCCUCAGCGAUAUGAUCAAUGAGGCCAUGGCUUGUGAUGCAAGGCGCGUGGUGCCUCGUGUAGCCGGAGCUUGUCAGGGCUUGUUUGACGGCGUGGUUACGGUGAUUGACGUAGGAGGCGGUACCGGAGAGACGAUGGGGAUACUUGUAAAGGAGUUUCCUUGGAUCAAAGGAUUUAACUUUGAUCUUCCUCAUGUUAUUGAAGUUGCUCAAGUCUUGGACGGUGUCGAGAAUGUUGAGGGCGAUAUGUUUGAUUCUAUCCCCGCAUGCGACGCUGUUAUCAUCAAGUGGGUGUUACACGAUUGGGGAGACAAAGACUGCAUAAAGAUAUUGAAGAAUUGCAAAGAAGCGGUCCCACCAAAUAACGGGAAAGUGUUGAUAGUAGAAUCGGUGAUCGGAGAGAAUAAAAAGACGAUGAUAGUGGACGAAAGAGAUGACAAGUUAGAGCACGUGAGAUUGAUGCUUGAUAUGGUGAUGAUGGCUCACACAAGCACAGGCAAAGAACGGACUUUGAAAGAAUGGGACUUUGUUCUUAAAGAAGCUGGUUUUGCUCGAUAUGAGGUUCGGGACAUUGAUGAUGUUCAGUGUCUUAUCAUCGCGUAUCGGUCUUAAAAGAAGGUCAUGAAAGAUAUAUCUUUCCUUUGAAAACUCAAUAAAUUUGUGGUUGUUGUUUGGUGGUAAUGUGGUAUAUACAUAACGACGUGUGAAUAAUUGUGUUGUAUGAUAAUAAUUACGGCUUGUUUCA